UUGAGUUGAGUCAUUUCAAAAGAUACGCUGCAGUGAAAAGACCACAGUUUCCGCCGGGGGUGUUGGAGGGUACAAAAAGUUGCAAACAGAGCCUUGAUUGUCAGACCACUCAGCUUUGGCUCCCAAAAAGCAAACAUGAUCCAGUUCGGCAUUAUAUUUCUCCUUCAGCUGCUUCACCUCACAGGAGCCUCUGAGAGCGGGAUAGUGGGCGGCCAUGAUGCCAAGCCUCAUUCCAGACCCUACAUGGUGUCUCUCCAGGUCGGACCACAUCAAACGUGUGGAGGGAUUCUCAUUCGCAGUGACUUUGUUCUAACUGCAGCACACUGCAAAAAGUCAGAUGAUCUGACGGUGGUACUUGGGGCACAUGACAUAACCAAGAAUGAGAACACCCAGCAAAGGAUCUCAGAGGGAAAGUGCUAUAAACAUCCCAAAUACACAGGCGACUUCUUUUAUGACAUUAUGCUGAUUAAGCUAAAGACCAAUGCCACGCUGAAUGACUUUGUGAAGACUAUUGAACUACCAAAGAAAAAUGGGAAAACCCGAGCAAACAUCAAGUGCAUCGCUGCCGGCUGGGGACGAACUGGACCCAGCAAACCCACCUCUGCUGUUCUGAGGGAGGUGAUGGUGAAGGUGCAGUUCGACAAUGAGUGCAGUUAUAAGUGGGGACACUACUUCAACAGUGAGCACAUGAUGUGCACCCACUCUGACAAAAGGAAGGGGGGGAUCUGCCAGGGUGAUUCUGGUGGUCCGCUCAUCUGUGAAGAGAAGCUUCGGGGUAUCUCAGCGUAUAGUAAACAAUGUGGGUGUGAUGAUCCCAAGUUCCCGCAUGUCUUCAUGAAAAUCGGUUUCUUUCUCCCCUGGAUUAAGGAGGUGAUGCGAGGAUAG